AUGACCAAUGACAUCCUGGGAGAAGAGCUCAUUGAGGAACCCUCCAUGCCAGAACCCCUUCCAGCACCUCGCAUCACCAAUGACACCAUGGGGGAAGAGCUUAUUGAGGAACCCUCCAUGCCAGAACCCCUUCCAGAAACUCGCAUCACCAACAACACCCUGGGGAAAGAGCUCAUUGAGGAACCCUCCAUGCCAGAACCCCUUCCAGCACCUCGCAUCACGAACGACAUCCUGGGGGAAGAGCUCACUGAGGAACCCUCUGUGACAGAACCCCUUCCAGAACCUCGCAUGACCAAUGACAUCCUGGGGGAAGAGCUCAUUGAGGAACCCUCCAUGCCAGAACCCCUUCAAGCACCUCGCAUCACCAAUGACACCCUGGGGGAAGAGCUCAUUGAGGAACCCUCCAUGCCAGAACCCCUUCCAGAAACUCGCAUCACCAACAACAUCCUGGGGGAAGAGCUCAUUGAGGAACCCUCCAUGCCAGAACCCCUUCCAGCACCUCGCAUCACCAAUGACAUCCUGGGGGAAGAGCUCAUUGAGGAACCCUCCAUGCCAGAACCACUUCCAGCAACUUGCAUCACCAACGACAUCAUGGGGGAAGCGCUCACUGAGGAACCCUCCAUGCCAGAACCCCUUCCAGAAACUCGCAUCACCAACGACAUCAUGGGGGAAGCGCUCACUGAGGAACCCUCCAUGCCAGAACCCCUUCCAGAAACUCGCAUCACCAAUGACAUCAUGGGGGAAGCGCUCACUGAGGAACCCUCCAUGCCAGAACCCCUUCCAGAAACUCGCAUCACCAAUGACAUCAUGGGGGGAGCGCUCACUGAGGAACCCUCCGUGCCAGAACCCCUUCCAGCACCUUGCAUGACCAAUGACUUCCUGGGCAAAGUGCUCAUUGAGGAACCCUCCGUGCCAGAACCCCUUCCAGCAACUCACAUCACCAAUGACAUCAUGGGGGAAGCGCACACUGAGGAACCCUCCGUGCCAGAACCCCUUCCAGCACCUCGCAUCACCAAUGACAUCAUGGGGGAAGCGCUCAUUGAGGAACCCUCCGUGCCAGAACCCCUUCCAGCACCUCGCAUCACCAAUGACAUCCUGGGGGAAGAGCUCAUUGAGGAACCCUCCGUGCCAGAACCCCUUCCAGCACCUCGCAUCACCAAUGACAUCAUGGGGGAAGCGCUCACUGAGGAACCCUCCAUGCCAGAACCCCUUCCAGCAACUCACAUCACCAAUGACAUCAUGGGGGAAGCGCUCACUGAGGAACCCUCUGUGCCAGAACCCCUUCCAGCAACUCACAUCACCAAUGACAUCAUGGAGGAAGAGCUCAUUGAGGAACCCUCCGUGCCAGAACCCCUUCCAGCAACUCACAUCACCAAUGACAUCAUGGGGGAAGCGCUCACUGAGGAACCCUCCGUGCCAGAACCGCUUCCAGCACCUCGCAUCACCAAUGACAUCAUGGGGGAAGAGCUCAUUGAGGAACCCUCCGUGCCAGAACCCCUUCCAGCAACUCACAUCACCAAUGACAUCAUGGGGGAAGCGCUCACUGAGGAACCCUCUGUGCCAGAACCCCUUCCAGCAACUCACAUCACCAAUGACAUCAUGGGGGAAGAGCUCAUUGAGGAACCCUCCGUGCCAGAACCCCUUCCAGCAACUCACAUCACCAAUGACAUCAUGGGGGAAGCGCUCACUGAGGAACCCUCCGUGCCAGAACCGCUUCCAGCACCUCGCAUCACCAAUGACAUCAUGGGGGAAGAGCUCAUUGAGGAACCCUCCGUGCCAGAACCCCUUCCAGCAACUCACAUCACCAAUGACAUCAUGGGGGAAGCGCUCACUGAGGAACCCUCCAUGCCAGAACCCCUUCCCGCACCUCGCAUCACCAAUGACAUCAUGGGGGAAGAGCUCAUUGAGGAACCCUCCGUGCCAGAACCCCUUCCAGCAACUCACAUCACCAAUGACAUCAUGGGGGAAGCGCUCACUGAGGAACCCUCCAUGCCAGAACCCCUUCCAGCACCUCGCAUCACCAAUGACAUCAUGGGGGAAGAGCUCACUGAGGAACCCUCCAUGCCAGAACCCCUUCCAGCAACUCACAUCACCAAUGACAUCAUGGGGGAAGAGCUCAUUGAGGAACCCUCCGUGCCAGAACCCCUUCCAGCACCUCGCAUCACCAAUGACAUCCUGGGGGAAGAGCUCAUUGUGGAACCCUCCGUGCCAGAACCCCUUCCAGCACCUCGCAUCACCAAUGACAUCAUGGGGGAAGCGCUCACUGAGGAACCCUCCAUGCCAGAACCCCUUCCAGCACCUCGCAUCACCAAUGACAUCAUGGGGGAAGUGUUCAUUGAGGAACCCUCCGUGCCAGAACCCCUUCCAGCACCUCGCAUCACCAAUGACAUCAUGGGGGAAGCUCUCACUGAGGAACCCUCCGUGCCAUUACCCCUUCCAGCACCUCGCAUCACCAAUGACAUCCUGGGGGAAGAGCUCACUGAGGAACCCUCCGUGCCAGAACCCCUUACAGCACCUCUCAUCACCAAUGACAUCCUGGGGGAAGCGCUCAUUGAGGAACCCUCCGUGCCAUUACCCCUUCCAGCACCUCGUAUCACCAAUGACAUCCUGGGGGAAGAGCUCAUUGAGGAACCCUCCGUGCCAGAACCCCUUCCAGCACCUCGCAUCACCAAUGACAUCAUGGGGGAAGCCCUCACUGAGGAACCCUCCGUGCCAUUACCCCUUCCAGCACCUCGCAUCACCAAUAACAUCAUGGGGGAAGCGCUCACUGAGGAACCCUCCAUGCCAGAACCCCUUCCAGGACCUCGCAUCACCAAUGACAUCAUGGGGAAAACUCUCAUUGAGGAACCCUCCAUGCCAGAACCCCUUCCAGCACCUCGCAUCACCAAUGACAUCAUGGGGGAAACGCUCACUGAGGAACCCUCCAUGCCAGAACCCCUUCCAGCACCUCGCAUCAUGAACGACAUCCUGGGGGAAGAGCUCAUUGAGGAACCCUCCAUGCCAGAACCCCUUCCCGCACCUCGCAUCACCAAUGACAUCAUGGGGGAAGAGCUCAUUGAGGAACCCUCCGUGCCAGAACCCCUUCCAGCAACUCACAUCACCAAUGACAUCAUGGGGGAAGAGCUCAUUGAGGAACCCUCCGUGCCAGAACCCCUUCCAGCAACUCACAUCACCAAUGACAUCAUGGGGGAAGCGCUCACUGAGGAACCCUCCAUGCCAGAACCCCUUUCAACACCUUGCAUCACCAGUGACCUACUGGGGAAAGUGCUCAUUGAGGAUACCUCAGUGCCAGGUCCUGCCAUCCUCACAGACACUCCAAAGGAAGGAGCUUCUGUGUCAGAGCCCUUACUAGAGCCUUCCAUUGCUGAUAAUCAUCUUCAGCAUGAAGUAGAACUCCUCAAAGGGUUACAGCAUGACGAUGUCCAGCAGUAACUGAGGGUUCGCCGCAUUUCCCAACAGUUCCCUCGUUCUCUCCAGGCCAUCAACCUGCAAAUUGGACAAGUGCGGACAAGGCUCAUCCGCUGUGAAGUUCGGCUGCAGGGAAAGGGAAGGUAUGUUCACAGCAUGCCCCUGAAAUUGCUGCUGGGCUAAGAACGGCUCUUUUGUUUAUUUCAUGUUGAAAUGCUUGAUUUGAGUCUGCAUCUAAGGUUUCAGGGGGGAGGCCUGUGAGUGGGUUGUCAGUGCUUGCUGAAGUGUUCCUUCGUUUUCUGUCUUUCAUGUGUCCAAGCUCCAGUGCCUGUAAUCCAAGCAACUUCUCAGAGUGAGCAGUGAGGGCAAGUGAUGGUGGGUGUGGUAGGAUGUCAGCCUUUGCAGCUGACCUCCUGCUGCUUCUCUCUUGCAGAUGUUCCUGCAGGCCCUGCUGCAUUUCUCCAGCCCUCUGGGUCUGAUUCAUCAUUGUCCUCUGCCUCCCUUGAGGUUGCCUCCAUCCCACCCUCCACCUCCACCUCUUCCCUCCUCCUGCACCCCUCUCCACAUCCUCCUCCUUCCCCACUUCCUCUGGAGCCGGACCUCAGCAAUGUGAAAGAAACUCUUCAGAGUUUGGUAGAGAUGCAGGUCCAUCAGCUGCGUGACCGCCAAAGAGACCUCCACAGCUGCCAGGAAUACUUACAAAGCUUCAAGGCACUGAGGGGACAGUUGAGGCGGCUAAGGAGCAGACUGGCCAGGGUGGAAGCCACUAUGGGGAUCGUGGUUCCUCCAAGGGAGCUGGAUGUUGCUGAGGAAGAAGGGGAAGGCAAAUUAAAAGAGACAACUGUGCUACUAUUUACAUAAGUAGCAAUAAAAUACUGUGUAUAUAUUUUUUAAAAAUUAAAUAUUUGUUUUAAUAGGAUGUAGAGAUAGAACAGCAAUAAAACUAGCAUAUUUCUUGUUUAAAAAAUUAAAAUGUUUUAUUUUAAAGAAAA